UAUUUGAUGGCAGGCAACCUUUAACCCUGAGAGACACAUCAGCAAAUAACAUAAGAGUAAAAGGAUGAUAGACCACAGUAAAGGAGCAAGUUAAGAGAUGAUUAACACACUGUCUCUAGACACUGUAUCCAGUUAAGAGUUAAAUACCUAUUAAAUCUUUUUACUGCUUUGUUUUUCACCGUGACUAAGAGUAGGGGUUAGGUUAGUAAUUUCAAUGUUAGCGGUUUUACUGUAAGACCACAUUCAGUAGGGUUCGCUUUCUUUAGCUUCGUAGCCUACUAUGGCCUAAUUUGUUGUUAUGGUGUUUGGCCUAUAAAUUACAUGACAACAAGAAUAGGCAAGACCCUCCCAACCCUUAUUUUCAGCAUGACUCUGCUCAUCUGAUCUCAUAGCAGAAGAGAAACAAAGGUAGCCGGCAGGAGCGGAGGUUGGGAAACGGAGAACAUUGCCUACCUUUAUGUUCACUAAACUGAAACAUUCUGGCCUUUCACCAGCAGUUUGGCUACUUAAAAAAAUGUUGCGAUUAACUGAGGAUAAACAAAACAACAAGAUAGUUGGACAAAUAGCGAACAAAAAAGAAGGAAAGGUAUAGGCCUUCGAAGUUAGUAGCCCUGAAGGCUAUUAUGUUCAUGUGUCUGGAGGUUAAUGCGAAGUGCGCCCUCGUCUGGCUACCAGAUGUAGUACACCCCAAGUCAUGUGAUUCUACUUCCGCAAAUAUUACGUCAUGGCAGCGGCUUCAUGCCAGUCACGGACUUUCGUGUUCAAGAUGACAGGAGACUUUCUAUAGUUUAUCCAAAACUUAAUUAACGGGUCAAUAUUCGGUAAUCACUGAAUCUAUUUGCUGGCCAUGGAUAAACCCAAACUAAUUGUGUUUGACCUGGAUUACACUCUCUGGCCGUUUUGGGUAGAUACCCAUGUGUGUGCGCCAUUCCACAGAGCCGAAGGCUGCUACCCGUUACCGUAGUUUCUGAUGUCCUCGCGUGCUGUCUGCCCGUCAGCUGUUGCAUGUCUUUCUCCAGCGGCGGCGUGUUGGACGCCAGGGGGGACCCGGUGACCCUGUACCGGGAAACGGUGGAGGUGCUGUCCUCUAUCCAUAGUCAGGGGAUCACGAUAGGAGUGGCGUCACGCACCGGAGAAGUGGACGGGGCCAAUCAGCUUCUUUCUCUCUUCAAUCUCAACCAGUACAUUUCCUUUAAAGAAAUAUAUCCAGGUUCAAAGGUCCCCCACUUCAAAAAGCUGAGUGUGAACAGUGGGUUUCAGUUCAGUGAGAUGAUGUUCUUUGAUGACGAGAGCAGAAACAUCUCAGAUAUCAGCCGGCUAGGUGUCCACUGUGUGCUCGUACGUGACGGCGUAACCAUGGCGCUGGCCAAUCAGGAGCUCCAGAGAUUCUCCUCCGACCAUUUGUCAUGACAGCAGACGGCCUUGCUUUGUGCAGUACCCAGGUGUUACCUCAGGGGGCAGUGUUGCGUCGUAAAUGCACUGAUUUCAAACGUCUUCGCUGCAGCUCCUGAAAUGCUGUGUUCACUCUGACGACACAAACAAUAUGUUUGAGGUUUGGAAGAAAAAAGACUGAUUAGAUUUAAUAUUUUUGAUGUGAGAAAUUUUACAGUAGCCUAUUGUUCAGAGAGGCGACGAUUAAGCCAUAAUUACCCACAAAAACACGGUCAGAGAAUUGUACAGAAUCAUAUUGAUGAAAUAUUAAAUUAUGAUUGAGUGUUAUGAG